AUGAAUAUGCACAUUGCUAUUAUUCUACUGCUUGGCUGUGAUGUGCAGGCUUCCAACAUCCUUGUCUGGAACCCACCAUUUGGUCCCAGUCAUGUAAACUUCCUCGGAAACAUCGCGGAUAUUCUUACUGCUGAAGGACACAAUGUGACUAUCUACUCCAACAAGCUAAAUCCUCAUGUUCACACAUUUGGUAACCGUCAUCCGGCGCACACCAUUCGUUUCGAUCCGAGAAGCCUAAAUUACAAUACUCCAAUAAAUGCAUUGAAGAAGACGGUGUGGGAUGAUCCGCCAUGUGACGGACUGUGCUUAGACUGGGACGAUAUAUCUCAGAUAACAGAUCGGCUGUAUGAGAUCUGUGAUGCAUUGCUAGAACAUCAAGACUUGAUAAGAAACCUCCGUGAUUCGAAUUUUGAGCUGGUCUUCAGUGAAACUUUCGACGCCUGCGCCCCUGGGAUUUGGGAGUUGCUUGGAAUCAAAAAUCUGAUUUUGGUAUCUGCACUUGGCGUGAUGCCACGUCUUUAUGAUGUAGCAGGAAUGUUUUCUAUUCCCAGCUUCAUGCCAGUUGGUCUGACACCGUACUCUGACAAAAUGACGUUUACUGAAAGAUUGACUAAUUUCAAUCUUGAUUUGACAUACCAUUACUUCCAGCACAAAAUGGAGAAUAGAUUUUUGAAUUUAUUUCUUAAUAAGUAUCCGGAUUUUCCAACUAUUGACGAAAUAUACAAGAAAAAAACAGCCUUGAUAAUGGUGAACGCUAAUGAGUUUGCUGAAACAGCUCGCCCUACUACCGGUAUGAUUAAGUAUAUUGGCGGAUCGGCGAUAUCCGAUCCCAUGCCUUUGCCAGAGGAUCUGAAUCAAUUACUGGAACAAAAUCCUGUAAAUAUUCUUUUUUCAAUGGGAACUGUAGCUCAGUCAAAAGAUAUGCCUGAGUGGUUGAAGAGAGACAUCAUUGAAACUUUUGCAUCAUUCUACAAUGUGACGUUAAUUUGGAAGUACGAAGGCGAAGAUCUAUAUGAGGCUGUGAAUGCUCAUCCUAACGUCCACUUGAUGAAUUGGAUUCCGCAAGUAGAUCUUCUCGCAGAUCCUCGCGUGUCUGUCUUCAUCACUCACGGAGGCAUGAACUCUGUAUUAGAAGCGAUGUAUUUUGGGAAACCAGUGAUUGUUGUUCCACUUUUCGCAGACCAGCAAUAUAACUCGAAGAAUAUAGAAAGAAAAGGUUUGGGAAUCUUAUUGAAGAAGCAUCUUCUGAACAAGAAAACCUUAACGGAUGCCCUGCAACACAUUAUGCAGAAUAAAGCUAUUGUUUUCCUACUGCUACUGCGAUGUUCAGCGAACGCAUCGAACAUUCUAGUUUGGAACCCGUCAACCUCUCAUAGCCACACUAGCUUUAUGAGCAACAUAGCUGAUAUCCUUACAGCGAAUGGUCACAACGUGACGAUCUUCGCACCAAUGCUGCUUCCCAAUGCAAAACCUUUUCUAAAUCGUUUAGAUGCUAAAACGAUUAGUUUCACCCCAUCAAAUUUUUCUGAUGACCUCAUGAAGUCAUUUCAAUCCACUUCAAUGUGGGAGGCGCCAGUAUGCACCGAUGUCUGCGUCAGCUGGAAUGAUCUUGACAAAUUGGUCCAAUUAACGCUUACUUAUUGUGAAGAACUUCUGGAAGAAUCGGACCUACUGAAUGCCUUGAAAGACUCAAAAUUUGAACUUGCUUACGCAGAAAUACUUGACUUUUGCACUCCAGGCAUAUUCGAGGUUCUCGGGGUAAGAAAUAUUGUGUUACUAUCUGCUGCUGUGGCUGUGCCUCGUCACUACGAGAUUGCUGGAUUGCGUCAACUUCCCAGUUUUGUACCAGGUGGAAUAACGCCUUAUUCGGAUGAGAUGACCUUUAUGGAAAGGUUGACAAACCUCAAGGUCAAUAUACAAUUCAGUUUCCAUAUGGAUAAAUGGGAUGAGGACUCCCGAAGAAUAUUCAGUCGCAAAUAUCCUGGAUUUCCUACUCCGCGAGAAAUCUAUUUUAACAAAACAGCGCUGAUAAUGAUUAAUGUCCAUGAAGUUCUCGAAUCUCCCCGUCCUAGAACAAAUAUGAUAAAAUACAUUGGCGGCUCAGCGUUAGCUGAAGCGAAACCGUUGACAAAGGAUCUUGAUGAUUUGCUGAAUAAAAGAAGUGCGACAGUAUUAUUCUCAAUGGGAUCUCUUGCUAGAUCUGUGGAUAUGCCCGAAUGGUUGAAGAAAGAUGUACUGGAAACCUUUGAUUCGUUUCCUGAAGUAACAUUUAUUUGGAAAUACGAAGGCGAUGACAUUAACUUCGAGUCUCAUCCAAAUAUAUUUCCUAUGAAAUGGGUCCCACAGACUGACUUGUUAGCGGAUAAACGCCUUUCGCUUUUCAUCACACACGGUGGUAUGAACUCGUUAAUAGAAGCGACGUACCAUGGAAAGCCGCUGAUUGUUGUUCCACUGUUUGGCGAUCAACAGUAUAACUCGAAACUCGUACAGAAAAGAGGCGUAGCUAUAAUUAUUGAGAAGAAUCAGCUCAAUAAAAACACGUUGACGGAAGCUAUACUGGAAAUGCUCAGCAAUAAAAGAUUUGCCGAAGAAGCUGCUUUUACUGCUCUGUUGCUCGAAGGCCGACCUCAACGGUAUCGCGAAGAUAUUGCCAAGUGGGCUAAGAUCAUCAUCGAGCACGAAAUACUAGAAGAUCUGAAGCUAUUGGAUUCUUUGAAAAAUUCGAAGUUCAAAAUUGCCUACAUGGAAACGCUGGAUUUAUGUGCUCCAGGCAUAUCUGAGAUUCUCAACAUCAAAAAUGUAGUUCUACUAUCAUCUGCGCUCGCUUUACCCCGGCUCUACGAGGUGGCUGGAAUUCGUCAACCUCCCAGUUUUGUACCAGUCUGGAAUCCUACACUUUCUCACAGUCACACAAGUUUUUCGGGCAACGUAGCUGACGUACUCACAGCUGCUGGUCAUAAUGUGACCAUCUUUUCACCGAUAUUGGAUCCCAACACAAAACCCUUUGGAAACCACCUGCCGGCAAGGACAAUCAGUUUUACAUCAUCGAAAACCUCGGAUGACUUUGUAAAACCAUUCAAAUCUACGUCACUGUGGGAAGCUCCAACAUGUACCGAUGUCUGCCUUAGCUGGAGUGAUUUUGAUUUGAUGGCUCAACGGAACCUAGAUUACUGCAGAGAAAUCCUAGAAGAUUCAAAACUGAUGGAUUUUUUGAAAGAUUCAAAGUUUGAACUUGCUUAUACGGAAACAUUGGAUCUAUGCGCUCCAGGCAUAUUUGAGAUUCUAGAUAUAAAAAAUGUAGUCCUACUAUCCGCUGCGCUUGCUGUGCCGCGACUCUAUGAGGUGGCUGGACUACGUCAACUUCCUAGUUUUGUGCCAGGUCCAGUUACUCCCUACUCGGAUGAGAUGACUUUCAAAGAGAGAUUAAGAAACUUUAUAAUCAAUAUACAAUUUGACCAGCACAUGAAGAAUUGGGAUCAGCGAUUCAGUCAAUUAUUCAGUGAAAAAUAUCCAGGAUUCCCAACUCCGCAGGAGAUCUAUACGGAGAGAACAGCAUUAAUUAUGAUCAACGUGCAUGAAUUUUUUGAAACUCCUCGUCCUACAACGAAUAUGAUAAAGUAUGUUGGUGGAUCAACUCUAGCUCGGGCGGAAUCUUUAACAAAGGAAAUGGAUGACUUAUUGGAUAAAAGAAAGAUGACGGUGCUUUUCUCGAUGGGAUCUGUUGCUCGAUCUGUGGACAUGCCCGAAUGGCUCAAAAAAGACGUAUUGGAGACUUUUGAUUCAUUUCCUGAUGUAACGUUUAUUUGGAAAUACGAAGGCGACGACAUUCCCUUCAAAGCACACCCAAAUGUAUUUCCGUUGAAGUGGAUUCCUCAGAUCGAUUUGUUAGCGGACAAACGACUUUCACUUUUCGUCACACACGGUGGCAUGAAUUCACUGUUAGAAGCGACAUACCAUGGAAAGCCGCUGAUCGUAGUCCCACUGUUUGGCGAUCAGUAUUACAACGCAAAACUUGUACAGAAAAGCGGCAUUGCUAUAGUAAUUGAAAAAAAUCAGCUUAGUAAGCAUACGUUGACGGAGGCUCUACGAGAAAUGCUUGGCAAUAGAAAAUUUGCUAAGAAAGCUGCUUUUGUUGCAUCGAUGCUUGAAGGCCGGUCUCAACACUAUCGCAAAGAUAUCGCCAAAUGGGCCAAGAUCAUCAUCGAGCAUGGCAAAAUGGAUCACUUGAUACUACAUUCGAGAAACUUGAAUUUCGUGCAGUACUACUGUUUGGAUGUCAUAGGCUUUAUAGCACUUGUGAUAGCAGCCAUAACGUACUUGAUAUUUUUGCUUCUUAGGAUGAUUUAUAAGCUUAUUGUCCCCAAGUUAAAGAAAGAUUAGAUUUGAUUUUGGUAGCGAGGCUUAAGUUUUGUUAGCGCUUUGCAAUCAGUGAAGUUCGAUACUUUUUCAAAAGUUAUAGAGACUUAAAGGUCUUUAUUCGUCGCAAUCUCAUUCUUGACGCGCACUGUUGCAUUUUCUAUGCCUACAUUCAAUGCAUUCUCCUUUUAGAUUGAAAACCAAUUUUCUGACAGUCUUUCCAUUGAUAUUAGGUUGAGCUGGAAGCAUGUUUUUACUUUACCAAAAAAUCACUUUGCAAUUCUAUCAACUAGAAAAAAUCUUCUCUACAACUUUGCUUUGUCAUAAACCAUUGAGAGAAAAUGCGAGAGAUAAAAGCAGUUGAACCGAAUUACUCAAUUUGCCAAUUUUCAAAAGCA